AUUGCCCUUAUUCAAUAAGAGCAUCUCUUGAUUGGCCAAGAAAUAAAAAUAAAUAAAAAAUUAAAAAAGUACAGCUGAAGCGCAUCCUUUUGGCUUUGAGCAUUAAACAUUAUUCUUAAACAUAAAAAUAAAAUAAAAAGUCAUCUCUUCCUCAUCAUCCUCGUAUUCAUCCUUGAGUUCUACACCGAUGGUGGCGGUAGAACUCGUUUGACAUUCGACUCUCUCUCUCUCAUUUUCGCUCUGUGUUGCCGUAGAUCUUCGUUCUUCGCAGUCAUCGAAUUCCCUCUCAUCUAAUUUUCUCUCUCCUCAAUACUGUGAAGGAAGAGUUUUACAAUGAUUCGUGAUUGGAAUCUCAUAUUUUCCUCUAUUUGAAGGUCAGGUGAAACUGGAGAUAUGAUUGAUGUCUGUCUUCUUGCACUUGAGAGGACAUAGCUGCAAGAAUCUACUCAUCACAGGAUCACAUAAUUUUUCUAGAUGUUGUAAUCUUUUGCAGGUUAUUCCUCUUAUGCCAAAGAUAAAGGAUGGUUAUAAUAUUAUGUUUUGUGAUGGCUUGAAGUCGUCCGUUUUGUUUUGACCUCGAGGAUCAGCCCAAAUUUAUGCAUACUAAUUCAGAUAAUCUUGAACUCGAGGACGCUCCAAUGGUGGAAUCUAUUUCCAACAGCCGCACCAGAGACCUCGACAGGCUUCUACUGCGCUCCGGCCACCUAGUUGGACCACUUUGAACCCAGUGCCGAGAUUGUUGAUGAAAAUGAAUGUCAAAAAAAGCGCACUUCCUCAAUGGAAAUCAGUUAAGUGCGCCCAACAAGAGGGUGGGGUCGAGUGUGGCUAUUACGUGAUGAAAUUUAUGCAUGACAUAUUCAAAAGUUGCAAGGAAGUUCAAGAUCUGAAAAAGCGACGAUGUUUCUCUGUGCAGCGACGAAGCAAGACACGAGCAUUUGAGUGACCAGCAACACGCGAGCAGCCACAACUGAGCAGCAAGAGCGGCGCGCAACACAAACUGCCACAGCUUCAGCGAUGUGCGGUCGCACAGGCAGUCUGUGCGGUCGCAUUGGCCUGCUGUGCGGGCGUUUUAUAGAGCUCGGGCACACAGAUCAUCCAUUCGAGAUCAGUAGCCUCUGAGUUUUGUUGUGCGACCGAACAACAUGUUGUGCGCCGAACAGAACUUUGUACAACCACGCGUACCCUCUGUUCGAUCGCACAGCUUCGCGUGUUUGCUAUUAUAAAAGCCUAAAUCGCAGAAUUGUUGAGCAUUGCGUAGUUAGUUAGUUUCCAUUUUCAGAUUUCAUAAUUAGAAUUUUAGAGAGAGAAUUAGAUUAGGGAUUAGAUUAGAGGUUAGGAUUAGGAAUCUUAGCUUAAUCUUUCAAUUCCUAGUUGAAUUCAAACAUUAAAUUUCAGAUUUCUCUUCUCUUUCAUUUGAGUUUUUUCUUCAAUUUUGUUCUUCAAUUUUAGUGCAACUUCAAUGAUUCAAGGUAUAAUUCUUAAUCUCCUUUUUGAUUUGUUCUUACAUUCUUUUAAUGCUUGAUUAAUUUCGUUUAAGCUUUGAUUUCAUUGUUGAAUUCUAGAAUUAGUUUCAUAUUUUGAAUGUUGAUGAUUUUUCCCCCAAUUUUGAUAUUUGAAUUUUUUGAAUUUUGUUGAUUCAAUUAGUUUCAUUGUUGCAAUUAUAGUUUCAUGAUUAGGAUUAGUUUUAGUUUAAUCUUAGUCAUAAUCAUGCCUAUUGAAUAGUUCAUAGUCUAGAGAUUUGGGUUGAAGCCUUGAAUUAGAAUUAGGGAUUUUGGAGAUGAUUUUGUGAUUGAUUUUGUGAUUAAAUGGAUUAAUUGAUGUUUGAUUCCAUGUCCAGUUAGUUUAGGAUUAGCUAACCUAAAUUUCUAGAAUAAUGGAGUGUUAGGCUUCGAAUUGGCGCGAGAGCGUGAUUAGUUGCUUGAAUUUACUUUGACUUGAUUCUUCGUUCUUAACUUCCUCUUCGAGUCUUGAUUGUAGCGAGAGCUAGAUUAGGAUUGGAUGAGCAUGGCUCGUCGAAGCCGCAAAUGGUCAUUGCAUUCAUUCAUUAGUCAUUGUAUAUCAUGAGCAUUAUUGAUCUUCGGAACUCCCAAUUCAAGUUCCAUAGCCAAUUCCCGAAGUCUCUAGAAUUUCUUUACUUGUUUAUAUUUCAUACUUGUGUUUUUUUAUUUCAAUAGAUAAAUACAUAAAUUCAUUUUCCAUUUGAAUUAGCUUUUGAACGCAUUAGAUUGAAUAGUCAAACAUAACCAUUAUGUUAGGACGAUCCCUAUGCUUGCCACUAUAAUCCAAUAUAGUCGGUUAGUUUAGGAAUUUAUAAAUUUUGUUUGAUUGAGAGGUAUCCGUGAACGACCGAAAAUCGGCUUGUCAAAAUGGCGCUGUUGCCGGGGACUGGCAUCAUUGUUUUAUUUUUCUCUCUAGUUCACUAGUCUAGUUCAUUUUCUUUUCUUUUCAUUUUCAAAUAAAAUCAAAAAACAUGUCAAGAGUGUUCUCAUUUCCUCAAGGUGUUCAUGAACCAUUUUGGAUUUAUUAUAAUAGAGUGAAUGCGGUGAUUGAAUAUCGUCGCACCCAUGGAACUCUUAAUGGUUUAAGGGCACGUGACACUUGCAAUGUCAUAUAUAAUGGUGUGAAUAGGGAAACUUUUAAGAUUCUUCAAUCCAAUUGUAAUGGAGAGCUUCAAAACAUGCAUUGGAGAGAUUUCCCUAUCUUUUCGUGGUUUGCUAGAGUUCAAUAUUUUGACUCUCAUGCUUAUUCUCAUGAUUUUUUGCAUCCUUGCAUGAAUGUCAAUGAUUUCCCCCAUGAUUCUAAUGUUAAUAUUCAUGAGCUUGAUGACAACCAUUCUCCCCAAGUCGAUUUUCAAAACUCCUUGCAUUUUGAAUUUUCAAAAUCUUGCCCGGAAUCUCCUAAAGCUCAAAUCGAUGACAUUGACCGAACCAUUAAUCCAUUUAUGUUUUGCAAUGUUAUUGAUGAUGAUGAUGAUUAUAAUUCAUAUUAUGCUAAGGAUGAAGAUCGAAUUAGUGAAGGGAAUGAUGUUGAAAAGGGUGAGGUAUCGAACUUUGAUGUUGUUCCUUUUUCUCCCCCCCCCCCUCCCUUGAGCACAAGUGACUCUCACCCCAUUGAUGAUUUCCCAUUGGAUUUUGAGGAUAAUUUGGGCCAUUUGGGAUGUGAUAGUUCUAUUGAGGACGUCAUUGAGUGUGAAGCACCUAAUUUGGUGGUUUUUGAUGCCUCCGAGAAUAAUAAUGUAGUUGAUGUUGUGAAUUUGAUUGAAGGUUCUUUUGUUGAGAUUUCUUCUCUUUGUGAUGUGAGUGAAGUUGCUUGUGAACCUUUUGUUCCCACUCCCUUCCCUCAUACCCCUUUCCGACUCAAGAAACUCGAGAUUUAUCCUUCCUUUCCCAUCUCUCUUCCUUAUUUUCUCCGAGCCCCACCACUUGAGGAUUCUCCCCCCUCCAUUCAUCCCCAAAUGCCAUAUUUGAACAUUAUUGAGGAAAUUGGUUCUCUUGCCACCCAAAACGAGUUCGUUGAGGAGAAUGAGGCUUAUCUUUAUCCUUUUUCUCUUUCUCCUUUUGAUUCUUCUUCUUAUUUUCUUACUUUUCCUUUUGAUUUUUCUUACUCUUGGCACCUCACCCCCCAUAGGCAUAGAGUUGCAUUUUACUUUGUGCAUGCUUCUCACUUGACUCUUGCCUAAUUUUUACUCUUGGAUAUGUUUGCCAAUGCAUUUGACAAACUAUUGCUAUCAUUGUCGGGGUACUUACUAGAGGUAAAGGUCGUCAAGCUAAUGACGUAAAAAGAGCGCUUCUCAGGAGGCAGCCUGUGGGUUUUGGCCAUUUGGCCCUUGUAUACUAAUUUUUCUUGAUUUUUGAGUUUUUGUGCCUCUAGCUUCCUUGAUGUGGAAAUCUUUGCAUCCAUCUUUGCCAUGUCCGGCUAUUCCUAUUGGUGAGUUCGUUCGUUAUUACGGUUCUUUGCGGGACUUGCUCCCACGACAUAUCCGGUAAUAUCCUUCUAACUCACAUGCAUUCUUUUGGAUCGGGCAUCAUUCAUGUGGGGCAUUGGUUAGAUGGGUAGCUGUGCCCCUCCUAGUUUCUUUUUAGGCCUUAAGGACAUGGCCUAAUUAAGGCUUGGGGGGAGAUUCUAUUGUUUGGUUGCUACUUUGAUCUCCAUGUGAUGGAUUGCUUGAUUUUGUGAAUAUUUUGGAUUUUGUGCAUAUUUCUUGAUUAGUUUCAUUGAUUUUCUUUAUUUUCUUUUUUCCUUGUUAUUUCCUUUUCUUUUCCUUAUUUUCAUUUUCAUUUCUUUUUCUUUCUUUUUCCUUUUCGAUCUUUGUCAAGGCAAGUUUUUCUAGUUUUUAAGAAUUAUUCUUGAUUCGGGCAUAAUAAAAAUGGAACUUGUAGACUAGAAUGCUUGUAUUCCUAAUUGGUAGAGGUAUGCACGGUUUUGAAUGUCUUAGUUCGAGUCUAGGAUUUGGGUGUUAAGGUAGUCGUUUUAGAACUUUGGGUAGCAUGAGCCUUGAACCCUUGGUUUGUGGUAAGAAGGUGUCGUUCUCUCUAGUAACUUUAAACCGGAGAGGAUAGUAUUUGCUCCCAUUUGUGAGGAUCAUGUUCAUUUUAGCCCAAACACAAGUAUACAAAUUUUGAGUGGCAUAGAUCCUUGGCUUGACUUUCCUAUAUCCCGGAUUUGACUAUUUCCUUCCCGAGACCGCGACCGAACUCCUUUAGGGGACGAUAGAGGCAUUUCUUUCGGUGACUAUUUUUCUUUUUUAGGAUAGGACUUUAUUUUUAUUUUUCCAUCAUAUUUUUGCUUGCAUUUUCCCACUUGCUAGCCAUUUGAGCCUUUCCCCUUCAUUUCUUAUAAGCUCAUUACAAGCCUAUUAGCCUUUGUUUUUUUUUCCCCCUUAGAAGUGAUAAUGAAGCUUUGUGUUAUUGUGCUUUAUGGUUUUGAAUGAUUAUGCCAAUGAUGAGGAAUGUUGGUUGUUGGUUGGAAUGGAAAGUUAUGGAAAUGUGAUGUGUAUAGUGAAUAAAAAGGCAAAAAGAGAAAGGAAAGUUUUGAAAAAGCCAAAAACAUAGAAAAACAAGGCAAUGAGAAAAGUUUCUUUUGAAACACCAAAAAAAGAAAAAUUCAAAUGAAGAAAAGUUCAAAAAAAAGAGUAUAGUUUAGUUUAGUUGUUGAAUAAGCUUGGGGGUGUCCUAAAUAAGUGGUAUGAGUUUGUUUUGGUUCUAUUUGCUUGAGUAAAGUUCAUUUUUGCGCUUCACUUUAGGAUUAAGCACCAAUUUCCAAAUUUGUUCCACACCCUACCCCUAGCCUAUGCAUUACACCCUAAAAUCCCUCUUGACCCUUUUGAGUUGAGUCAUUGUCGGUGGAGGGAGGAAUCGGUCAAAUCUAUGGAACGGGAUUGUCAUGCUAAGAUGUCGAUUAACCUUCUCUCCUCUCUGGCAAUUCUUGUCUUUUCCGUCGCCUUCACGGUGUCAUGAGAAGCUAUCUUUGAGGGUGAAUAGGAUCUAGAGAGUGACGCGGUAAGAUCGGUUGAAGGGGGAUAGGCAAGUGAAUACCCUUAGUUCUCUAUGCUUCAUACUUGAAUCCUUCACUCGACUUAGGACAUUUGUUAGCGUGCAUUCAUUUAUUGAUUUAGUAAUAUUAGCAUUCUCUUGUGCUCGUUCCGUAAUAAAAGCCCGUUUCUUGGAUUUUGAAGUUUAUUUUCCUUUAUUUUCCUUUCUUUUCUUUUCUUUUCCUUUCUUUUCUUUUCUUCCCUUUUUCUUGGUUUGUUUUCCCUUUUUAGGUCUUGCCAUGAUAGAAUUUUUGGAAGAGUUAUGGGUUGUUCUCUUUGGAAACCCUUGUGAGAUCCCACUCGCGCUCAUGAGCGAUUGUGGGGUUUAAAGAGCUUGUUGCAUGUGCUUAAAUGCAACCGUGAUUCCUACGAAAUUGAGUUAGUGUGCAUUCUUGUAGUUCUUAUUUUCGUAAUUUUGAUUUCGAAUAAUUUAGCUCAUUCUCCUCCCCGUUUCUCAUUCUAACUUUGCUUGAGGACAAGCAAAGGUUUAGCUUGGGGGAGUUUGAUGAGCGAAAUUUAUGCCGCUCUUAGAUUAGGAUUUUAGUUCAUUUCAUUAGCAUUUUAUUACUAUUUUUCCUUAGUUUUAUCGUUUUUAAUUCGUUUAUCGCAUUUUUGCAUUAAUCGUAAUAUUUUCUUGUCUUGCGUAGAUUUUAGUCGUUUUUGCUUUAAACGUGCCUUUUGUGCGCAUUCUCAUUGCGUAAGGGUUGUUUUUAGUAUUAACGUGUUAAAUAUUGUGUCAUUAUGCUUGACGAUGUUUAAUAUGAUUUUACGAUUUGCAAAAGUGCAAUACGAAUUAAUAAUAUGCUAUGCGAUUUUGAUAACUUGGCUAUUCGUUGUUUUUUGA